AUGGGAGAUAACAUGUCUAAGCGGUUGAAGCUGAUCUCAGUGACAGAGGCAGAGAUGGAGGAGCGCUCUUUCCCAAACCCUUACCCCGACUGGGACCAAGGACUCCACACUUCCAACUCUGGAGCUCAAGAAGACAAUAACGAACCAUUUGAUGCAGACGGAAAGUUGAGUGCGGCCUUCCAGAAGAAGGUCCAGAAUAAGAUCAAAGACCUCCUCCAGCAGAUGGAAGAAGGCCUGAAGACUGCCGACCCCCAUGACUUCUCUACUUACACUGGCUGGACAGGCAUCGCCUUGCUGUACCUGCAGCUGCACCGCGUGUCCCAUGAGGCAUCCCACCUGCAGAGGGCUCUGGACUACGUGAAGAGGACCAUGAGGAUCCUGAACGGCCGCAAAGUGACGUUCCUGUGCGGUGACGCGGGGCCGCUGGCGGUGGGAGCAGUGGUCCACCACAAACUGAACAACACUGCUGACAGCAAAGACUGUCUCUCCAGGCUCCUCCAGCUGCAGCGCUCUGUGCUCAGUCCAGACUCUGACAUGCCAGAUGAGCUUCUGUACGGGCGGGCCGGCUAUCUUUACGCUCUGCUCUACAUCAACAAAGAGCUGGGAGCUGACACAGUGGAUGAGGACACCAUUACAAAGGUGGUGACAGCCAUCGUGGAAUCGGGGAAAAAUCUGUCAGCGGAGCAGAAGAAGACAGAUCGCUGCCCUCUGCUCUAUGAAUGGCACAAGAAGCAGUACAUCGGUGCUGCUCAUGGCCUCGCCGGAAUCUUUUACAUGCUCAUGCAGCCUGGAGCGAAGGUGCAUGCAGACAUGCUGUCAGAGCUGGUUCGUCCCAGCAUCGACUACGUCCGCCAUAAGAAGUUUCGUUCAGGCAACUUCCCGUCGUCGCUGAGCAACGAGACUGACCGGCUGGUUCACUGGUGCCAUGGAGCACCUGGCGUCAUCCAUAUGCUCAUCAUGGCUCAUAAGGUGUUUAAAGAAGAGAAGUACUUAAAGGAGGCUGCAGAGUGUGGUGAGGUGAUCUGGCAGCGGGGGCUGCUCAGGAAAGGUUACGGUAUCUGCCACGGAACCGCCGGCAAUGGCUACGCCUUCCUCUCCCUGUACAAACUCACCCAGGAGAAGAAAUACCUGUACCGCGCCUGCAAGUUUGCUGAGUGGUGUUUGGACUACGGGACCCACGGAUGUCGCAUCCCUGACAGACCCUACUCUCUUUUUGAAGGUAUGGCGGGGGCCAUCCACUACCUGUCAGAGUUGGCCACACCUGAAACUUCCUGUUUCCCUGCCUUCGAGCUUUGACCUGUAGACUUCGAGGGACUGAGGAUGAUGAAGGGGGAAGAAGGCCAGCUGUUUGGGAAGCUAAGAUGAGCAUUGGCUUGAGCUCUGGACACAGAUGUAUGAGUGAUACAGCUUUCUGAAAAAGACUGAAAAUGAAGAUCAGUGAUUGUUUGAUGGAUUUGAUUGAAACCCUGUACAAAAUCUUAUUUUUUGGACAAACAU